AUGAGACCAAAAUCCACCCGGGUGCGACUGCCCCGUCCGUUGCCUGCGGUGAGCUCCCUGAUCAUUUGGGCUUUCAAGUCAUACUUGCUAAAACACCAGCAACAGUGCGAUUAUUGCCACACGAAAAAGAUUAGAUGCGACCGCGAGAUCGCUUGUGCCAACUGUAUUGCCGCCCAGAGAGAAUGUCAUCGUCAUCGUCGCCGGAAGUUUGGGCACAGAAGGCAGCAGCAGCAGCAGCAGCAGCAGCAGGAACCGCGGGAGACGAUCGUGGCUUCGGAGGAAGAACAUAGGAGCCCUACAAGACCUCUGAUGGAAAGACAUUGGUCGAAGUCAGUGACUGGUCGCCAUGAUGAUUCUAGUGGACAAUUCCAGACCCGGCUCAGUGACACUGGAUCCCCGACUGGGAUAGUAGGAAGCAUGAGCACAACAUCUAGCGCUGAUAUUGAAGCCGUCCCGGACGUUGAAGAUAUACCCUGGCUGAACGAGUCCGGGUCUGAGGUGGUAAAUUUGUCAACAGGCCAUGAUCCGAAUGUCGAACAAGUCCAAACUUCUGAACUGGACAACUCCAUACAGAGUGUUAAUGGCUCCUGCCCAGUUGCUAAUCAAGACCUCGCACCCCGCGAUAAAAUGUUUGCGGACAUGGACCUGCAGAGAUAUCUGGGUCCCAGUAAGGGUAUCAUCGAGUCCACGAUAGAUCUAGGGAAGUCUAAUCUUCUCAUGCUGGCGCUCAACCUAGCAAAACGUAUGCCGGCGUCACAAUGGAAAGGCAAAGAAAAGCGCCCAUGUUCUUUCUCAGCUUUCUAUCAAUCAUCGAUGUAUCCGUCGCCUGAAAUCAUACUUCUCAUCUUAACCUGUACGAGCCCCAACAUAGUCACUGCAUUACUGUUACUUCAACAGCAGAUAUUUGCUUCUGACUCAACCAAAACUCAAGGCAGCUCUUACUAUGUCGGGAUCAAUCUCAAUGGCUCACUGGAAAGUUUUGAGCAAAUGACGCACGCCCUGCUCGAGUGCAAAGUUCACGGGCAAAAAUUGAUCCAGUUCAUCAUUUGCGUGAACUUUACGGCUUACAACUUUUUGACUGCUUUGGAAUCCGAGGAUAUUAGUUCCUAUUUCAAAAGCCUCAUUUGUGGCUCGAAAAAGAAGUAUCAGAAAACCAUCAUUGAGGCAUUGAACCACCUUGAAAUGAAGCCUCGCCCCGACCCGUGCCUUUUACAGUCCUUGCUGUCAGCUGCGAUGACGAUGCAAGAAAUGGGCUAUAUGCAAAGGUGCUGGCAACUCAACACUAUUGCCUGUCGAGUCUGUGCGCUUUUGAGCGGGCCAUCUAACACUGACCUGCAGCAUCAUUUAUCCAAGCAGGAUAUCUUCUACAUGCGGAUAAAUAUGAUGAAAUGCUUUGUUUUCGACAGGGCUCUGUCCGCAAAUGUCAACCAACCGGCGUCAUUGGCUAAUAUAGACCUGGACAUUUCGCUGCUCAAAACGGAACAGCCAGACCAUGCCAUGCUGCUUACUAUGGUUGAGAUAGCCCAGAUUCAAGACUCAAUCAUUCGUGAAACCACAGUUAUGAACCACAGUGGCCAGGCGGAAGAAAUAAAUACAGGAAAAAUCAGAUCACAGGCAUCGCGACUUCGACAGGUCAUGCGCAAGGCUGAGAAGUUUCGCAACUCCGAGGCAGUCUUGCAAGAUCCCUAUCUUCAUUUUGAAUGGACUGGGGUAGAAUUCAUGUAUUUCUCCAUGAUGACGUCUAUCAGCAGACUCGCAUCGAAUGGGGAGCAACAAACGCAUGAAGAAUGUUUGAAACACUCUCGGAGCUGCUUAUCCAUCCUUAAAUCAUUACUGGACCUAGCAUCCCAGCUCCCAGAGCAUGGCGCGAAGUGCUCCUGCUCUCUUGCCUGGUUAAUUCCUCUUUUUACUCUCCGUCCAAUAUUCUUUCUUUUCCGAAACGUGGUGGCAACGUUUGAUGCGCUAGAUCUCAGAUUAAUUCAAGAUGUUGCCGAGCGUUUAAAAGGCAUGUCCAAGACAUUACUUUCGAUUUUGACGAUUGAGAGACUGUGCAAUUCGUUGCUCAACAUUUAUUCCAAUUUUGCCGAAAACUUAAUCUACAGCAGACAUUCUCGUACACAGAUCAUGGAUACACCCAGGGAUAUGGAUAUGGCCUCUUCCGAGCCCUUGGAAUCUCUGGCAGAUACGCUCUCAAACUCCGAUGACUUGGCACCACAGCAUUCAAAUCAAAUAUCAGUCAAUAUUCCUGGGAAUUCUGAGCAAACCACCAUGCUACAUGGGCUUAACAACUAUUCUUUAAUGGAGGAACAAAUGGUGAAUGUCGAUACAUUUGCUGAAUUCACAGAUGGGGCCACAGCUCUAGGGUUGGGAAUAGAUCCCUCCCUAUGUGUGGAACUGGAGAUUCCAGACUGGCUAUGUAUAUGAAUAUGACUUAAUAAGGAUCAAUGCUGGAUACCAAAUAUCGUUGAUUGUCCAUUUUCAUCAUUCACACUCCUUUCUUGCUGUGCUCAGUUUGUGGACUGGGAUCUUCAACGCGACACCCCCGUACAAAGGUCAGGAAAUUGAUUCCUCGCCUUCAGGCUCAACUUACGAGCAACCAAGUAUUUCUGGGUGAUUAGUUGUCAUCAAGAGUGCGUGUUUAUGCUUUUGAGCAUCACCUUUGCCUCAGGGUCCGGAUCAACCUGUCGAAGAUGGUUCAUUAAUACCUUCUCUGUAAGAAUGAAAAAAAAAAAAAAAAAAAAAAAAAAAAA